AUGGCUUUUCGUAAACGUAACGUAGCAAUUGCGCAACCGGGAGUCCAAACUUCGCAGACUCCCAUUCCGGAAAAAGUAGCACCCAUUCCGGGUAUUCGUCCCUCACCACUCGAUGGUCGUCCAACGACAUCAACGGGAAUCCGUUCGCUCGAUUCUAUACUAGCUGGUCAUGCGGGGCUUGCACUGGGCGCUUCAUUGCUACUUGAGGAGAGUGGGACUACAGAUUUUGGGGGCACGUUGUUGAAAUACUAUGCUGCGGAGGGAGUAUUGCAAGGACAUCAUAUUCACGUUUUGGGAAUGCACCAAGGAUGGGGAAGAGAAUUGCCUGGAAUGGGGGUUGCGGAGGGAUCAUCUUUGAAGAAAGACGCGGAGAAUAAGGCGGCAGAUGAUAAGAUGAAGAUUGCGUGGAGAUAUGAGAGAUUGGGGGAAUUUGGGGCGAGUGGUGCUAGAGAGAGAAGUACCGUGCAAUCGAGUGCUGGCUCUUCAGGUUCAGCUGCAAUAUUUUGUCACGACUUCGAUCUUAGUAAACGAUUGAUUCCACCUUCGUCUACUCAAAUGCAUUUCAUACCCACGAUUCUCAGACCCGACUUCGAAUUCGCAGAUGCAACAAACGGUACAAAAUUACCCUUUACACCAUUUCUCCAACAUCUCUCGACUCAACUCUCCCGAACCCCUCCUACAACUAUCCACCGCAUCAUAAUUCCCUCCCUCCUCUCACCAGCUCUAUACCCCUCGCAUGCCUCUCUCCCCCAUCACGUCCUCCCUUUCCUCCACGCUCUCCGUGCUCUACUCCGCCAGUACCCCACCCGACUAACUCUCAUGCUCACCCUCCCUCUCCCCCUACACCCCCGCACGACCGCCCUCACAAAAUGGAUUGAGCUCCUCAGCGACGGUGUCCUCGAAAUCGCUCCAUUCCCAUCCAUAGCCAUCAUCCCCAAAGCCACACCGUCCAGCUCCUCCAAUCCCGCUCAAGAAGAGCCUCCACAAGGAAUGCUCAAAAUCCAUCGCCUACCCAUAUUCCACGAAAAGGGCGGCGGAAGCGCUGGGUUCGCUGGCGACGAUUUGGCAUUCUCGUUGAGUAGAAGAAAGGGACUUGUAAUCAAACCCUACAGUUUACCACCCGUUGAAGACGAAGGGGAAGAACAAAAGGGCGGGAUCGACAUCGAUGGAAAGGGAGGAAAAGCCACCAAAGUCGAUAUUGAAUUUUAG